UCAACACGAACAAUAUCAACUUCACCUUCCCUUCCAAGACCCUGCAUUUUCUAACUCAAGUUCUAGCCAUGCAGCCUAGUGAGGUUACAGCUCUUCAUUAUCUAGUCCCUCCAAACCCAUCUCCAUACCCUUCUCAUCACUUUAGCAUGUCUCAGAGUUGCACACCCGGAAUUCAAUUGAACCAAUUUUCUAGCCCAAUAUACAAUUUCCAGUUCCCUCAAGCUCAAGAAUUCAACCCACAAUCAUCAUCUUUCAGCAGCAAUUCAACUUCUGAUGAAGCUGAUGAGCAACAACUGAGUCUUAUCAACGAGAGGAAACAAAGACGGAUGAUAUCUAAUAGAGAGUCUGCGCGUCGUUCACGUAUGCGCAAGCAGAAGCACCUAGAUGAGCUCUGGUCACAGGUGCUUUGGCUCCGUAAUGAAAAUCACCAGCUCAUAGAUAAGCUGAACCAUGCCUCGGAGAGCCAUGACCGGGUGGUUCAAGAAAAUGCUCAGCUCAAAGAGGAAGCUUCAGAACUUCGCCAAAUGCUUAAUAACAUGCAAAUCAAUAGCCCCUUCCCUUCCUUGAGAGACCUGGAAGAUGUUCCCUGCAACACAGCUUACCUUAGAGCUGAGUCAUCAAACCAGUCUAUCAGUACAAGUUCCAUGGAUCUGCUUGGCUAAAUUAUUAGAUGGAUGAAAAGUCCUAAUAUUAUCCUCUUUCUCUUUUUGGUUCUUCUGUUUGUAUGGAAGUGAACCAGUUUUUGGCUUGCUUUUUAAGCCGUAAGAGAUUGCCGUUAAAUUAUAAUAAUAUGUAUGUUUUGAGCA